AUGCUUAACCAACUCAUCUUGUGUUCCUUGAUCGUCUCAGCUGCGGCCUAUGUAGUGCCGGCCGAAACGGCCAAAGAUUCGGCGGCGUCCCCGAAAGGACAAAAGCGAAUGCUCUCGGAGCUUGAGCGACGGCUGCCGUUCCUGAAAGGCGUUGAUCAGGAAGGCCGCCAAGAAUUCUUCGCCAUCAUUCACAACGAGACGCUCAGCAAAGCCGAGAUCUGGGAAGCCGUCGAACUGUGGGCUUCCAAGCAAGAUAAGCCCACCAAGGUCAGUUUCUUCAUUGUUUUUGUUGGGUCCAUUUCUUUGCUCGCUUUCCCUUCUGAUCGACGUUCUUGAAUGGAAAUAGUGGAUAAAAACAUUUUAGCGAUUAGGUUCAUCAAAUGAUUCAGUGGGUAUGCGAACUUUUUUUUUUAUCUUGUGACCUUAUUCAUACGGUUUUUCCAGGAAGCCGUAGCAGAAUUCCAUAAAAAUCUGGAAAAUCACGUGAAAAACUCGCGUCUUAGAGUUGAAAAAAUUGUGCAAAACCUUCCCGAGGCACUCCAGAAGCUUUCUGAAAUUAUUGAAGCUGUCGACAUUUCUCGAACUGAGGUAUUUUGUUUUACCUAUUUCAUUAGGCCAUUUCAAAGUGUUUUCUUCACUGCUUGAUUUGACUUUCUUUUGAGAAGAUAUAUUUAGCAGUGAAGAAAUUGGGGAAAAAAAUAGGCGGCGAUUUUCUUUGAAAGAAAUGGUUUGUAGGAAAAGUCGAAGAUCGAGUCUUUGUACGCUUCUUUGGACGCAGACACAACGAAAACGCUGCAGUUCCUGGUAGAUCUCGUCUCUUUCCGCAAAAACGAAGGUCGCUCUGGAGGAGCCGAAAGAAAAGCUUUAAAAAUGGAAUCCAAGACAGAGUCUUCCACCAAAAUUCUUUAA